AUGACGUCCUCUGAUAUCCCAAACCACCCUCCCUCCCGUUCCCUACGCGGUCGUGUCGCCAUCGUCACUGGAGCCGGCUGUGCGGACUCGGGAAUUGGCAACGGACGGGCCAUAUCUAUCCUCUUAGCCGACGACGGCUGCGAUGUUGUCUGCCUCGAUAUGAACCUCGACUGGGCGAACAAGACGGUAGAGAUGGUCAAGACAAAGCCAGGCCGCGGUACAGCCAUUGCCACCCAGGGCGACGUCACAAAACAGGCCGACUGCGACGCCGCCGUGCAGCUCGCUCUGGACAAGUUCGGCCGGUUGGAUAUCCUAGUAAACAACGUCGGCGUGGGCGGCGCGCCGGGGACGGCGGUCGAGGUCGACUUGGAAAAGUUUGCUGAGGGGCUUGAGGUCAACGUGUCGAGCAUGGUCAGGAUGGCCAAGGCUGCCAUCCCCGCCAUGGUACGCGACAAAGACGACAUGGAGAUCAAGGGCAGCAUAGUAAACAUGGGCUCCGUCGCGGGGAUACGCGGGGGCACUCCACACCUGCUAUACCCUACCAGUAAAGGUGCCGUUGUCAACAUGACGAGGGCCAUGGCGGCUCAUCACGCUAAGGAUGGUAUUCGCGUGAACUGCGUGUGUCCUGGGAUGCUAUACACUCCAAUGAUGUAUGCAGGUGGGAUGAGCGAGGAGAUUAGAGAGGCCCGCAAGGGGAGGAGUCUACUUGGUACUGAGGGUACCGGUUGGGAUACAGCAUGCGCAGUUGUGUUUCUUGCGUCGGAUCAUUCUAGAUGGAUUACGGGUGCCAUUUUACCCGUGGAUGCAGGGACAACCUCUGCGACUUCUAUAACGUUGCCCAAAGGAGCAAGCGUUAAUGGCUAA